AUGAACGUUCUGCUCUCGCCUCAGCCUCCUGUCUUCCCCCAUCAACACGAAAACCCUCGUCUCUCCCCACAGCGAUCCCUGCCUCCCUUUCACAGUAUGGCCUCUCGAAAGCGAAAAGCUGACGAGGAUGGUGAUGAAACCAUGUCACCCAGGAGUUCCCCUACUAUCUCUGCUCGGCCUCUAGCUCGACCAUCGAAAAAAGUUCGAUCCAACGAAGUCAUCGGUCGGCCUCUUGCACUUCCACGACUUCUCGAGACUCUCGAUACCUCUCAGCUAAGAACCGUUCUUGAGCGCAUAUGCGAAACUCAUCCCGAUAUUGGUCAUGAGGUUGUCUCACAAGCUCCUCGACCUUCAGUUACGUCUGCCUUGCAAGUUUUGCAAGGCUACGAGGCGAAGUUGAAGGAUGCUAUUCCAUACGGCGAAACCAGCCCGGAAUACACCUACUAUCGGAUCAAAGAGCCGCUGGUUGCUUUGAUUGACGCACUAUCAGACUUCACCCCUCAAUUCCUCCCGCCAAAUGAAACCCAGCCUACCAAAUCACUUGAGUUCUUGGACGAGGCCACAAACAUUAUUCAUAGACUUCCCAAUUGGGAGCCGCAGACAUACCGACACCAUAAGGAAACUGCAUAUGAAGAAAUAUCGAAGGCAUGGGCACUUGUUAUCAACGAGGCUGGCAAGAGGGCUGGAGGACUCAACUUGCAUACUGGAGGAUGGGAUCAAAUUUUGUCUCGACACAAUGAACAAUCCGGUGAUCGCCUUGCCUCAGCAAUCAACGCCAUGUCCACGAGCGUUGGAUGGAUAGGCGCCAACGCAAACCCAGGAGCUGGAGGGCCUUCUGACCCUAAUUCUAUUCUCAACCAGCUCAUGUCUGGUACCUAUGGAGCUCCCGUUAGAGUUGGGCCCUGGUAG